AAGAGAAGAACGAAUCUACUUCUCAUGGACAGACUCUGAAAGCGUAAAAAUCAAAGAAUGUUUUCUGAUUCUUCGCCGGCCGGAAAAAAUUCUACAAACUCCGGUGAAACCCUUUACUCCGAUUUUCCUUCACUACCCUGAGAAACCAAAAACAAACUUGAUCUGAGAAUCUUCAUCACCACUUUCAGAUCCAUGAAAACGGAUUUGAAAAUCCACAAUCAGUAAAAUCGAAGAUCUAGUUAUGGAUUUCUUAGAGCUAGAAGCGAUCGAAGGAUUAAGAUGGUCAUGGAACUCAUGGCCAACUACAAAAUCCGAUUGCGAAUCUCUCGUUGUUCCAUUAAGUAUCAUGUAUACUCCAUUGAUGCAAUUCUCUGAGCUUCCAACGAUUCCUUAUGAUCCAUUGAUUUGUUCUCGUUGUGGAGCUGUGUUAAACCCUUACGCUCGUGUUGAUUAUCAAUCUCGAAUCUGGUCUUGUCCCUUUUGCUUUCACAAAAACCUUUUCCCUCGUUCUUACUCUGGAAUCACUGAAACUAAUCUCCCGGCGGAGCUUUUUCCGACUUAUAGCGCUGUUGAAUACUCUCCGCCGCUGCCGCGUAAGUCGGGUUCAGCGACGACGACUCCGACUGCUGGUGGGAGUUGGAGUAAUGGGUUUAAUCAAGGGCUUAGAUCAAUGUCUUCGAAUUCGUCAUUUUCGUCUCUUGCUUCUUCUGUUGGAGGUGGUGGUGGUGUGAUUAGUGAGCUUGGACCUGCGUUUGUGUUUGUUGUUGAUGCGUCUAUGGUGGAGGAUGAGUUAAGAGCUGUGAGAAGUGAGCUUUUGUUUGUGAUUGAGCAGUUGCCUGAGAAUUGUUUGGUGGCUUUGAUUACUUUUGAUUCUAUGGUUAGGGUUUAUGAUUUGGGUUUCUCUGAUUGCUCUAAAGUUGUUGUUUUUCAUGGUGAGCGUGAUCUUUCUCCAGACCAGAUACAACAAUUUCUGGGACUUGGAUAUUUGAAGCAGCUUCAUCAUGGAAAGAUGUCAGGGAUUCGGAAGCAAAGUUUCUUGCUUCCGUUGGUGGAAUGUGAGUUUAACUUAACAUGUGCGUUUGAAGAAAUUGUUCCCUUGGUUGAUGUCAAACCGGGUCAUCGGCCUCAUAGGUCAACCGGUGCUGCGAUCUCAACAGCAUUGGGACUGCUCGAGGGAUGUUCUGUAACCACGGGUUCUCGGAUUAUGGUUUUCACAUCGGGGCUUACUACAAGAGGCCCUGGGAUCAUUGUGGACUCUGAUUUAAGUAAUUCGAUCAGAACUCACAGAGAUAUUAUCACUGGUCAGGUGUCUUAUUACGAUAAAUCUUGCGGGUUUUACAAGAAACUAGCAAAAAGGCUAUGCGAUACGUCUGCUGCUCUAGAUGUGUUCGCUUGCUCUCUUGACCAAGUUGGAGCAGCGGAAAUGAGAUAUGCAGUGGAAAUGUCUGGUGGAUUUCUCUUACUGGGAGAAACAUUUGAGUCCGAGCAAUUCAAAAAAUGUCUCAGACAUAUAUUCAUCCGCGAUGCAGAUGGGAACCUGAGUAUGUACUUUGAUGUGUCUUUAGAAGUUGUGACGACUAAGGAUAUGAGAAUCUGCGGUGCACUCGGUCCAGUUGUGUCGCUAAGACAGAAGAACGAUAUAGUGAGCGAAACAGAGAUUGGUGAAGGCGGAACAUAUAUGUGGAAAACGAGCACUGUCACGAAUAAGACAUGUGUGUCAUUCUUGUUUCAUGUGAGCAACGAACAGAAUCGAAAACCGCAGCCUGGUUCCGCGUUCUUCAUUCAGUUCAUUACUCGGUAUCGGUAUGGAAAUGGAGGAAUGAGGAAACGGGUUACAACUGUUGCUAGAAGAUGGGUUGCUGGAAAAUCGCCAGAAAUCUCGUCAGGUUUUGAUCAAGAAACAGCUGCUUCAGUUAUGGCGCGGCUUGCAAUUAACCGAGCAGAGGAGUGUUACGCAAGAGACGUUAUUAGGUGGUUAGAUGAUGGUUUAAUCCGCUUUGCUUCACGGUUUGGAGAUUAUAUUCAAGAAGAUCCAUCUUCUUUCAGGUUGACUCCAAACUUCUCCCUUUAUCCUCAGUUCAUGUUCUAUCUACGAAGAUCACAGUUUCUUGACGUCUUCAACAAUUCCCCGGAUGAAACCGGUUUUUUCCGGUUAAUGUUAAACCGGGAAGGAGUGGUAAACUCAAUCAUCAUGAUUCAACCAACGCUUCUCCGGUAUUCAUUCGACGGACCGCCAGUUCCAGUCCUCCUCGAUAUCCGGUCAGUGACUGCAGACGUGAUUUUGCUAUUCGAUUCAUACUUCUACGUGGUUAUCCACCAUGGAUCAAAAAUCGCCCAAUGGAGGAAACUCGAGUAUCAUAAAGACCCGAGCCACGAGACUUUCCGGAACCUUCUGGAAGCACCCGAAAUCGAUGCGGCGCAGUUAGUGACUGAUAGGAUUCCAAUGCCACGGAUUGUACGGUGUGACCAGCACGGUAGUCAAGCUCGGUUUCUUCUUGCCAAGCUCAAUCCUUCGGUAACUCAGAAAACAGAUCAUACCGGUGGUUCAGAUAUUGUUCUCACUGAUGAUUUGAGUCUUCAAGAUUUCCUAGAAGAUUUGCAAUCUCUGGCAGUAAAAGGCUGAGAAAUGUGGCAGCAAACCUGUAAAUUGGUUUGGUUUUGAAUCGGUACUGGUAAUGGUUUUGACUAGUUGGGUUUCACGAACAAUUGAUAUUGGUAUUUUAGUCAUCAUCUACACCUGUUAUUGUUAGGUUUUCUGAAUCUUUUUAGAUUGAAAUGGAAAUUCGAAAUGUAUGAUUUGGUUUGGACCUGAUUUAUUAUACAGAAAUGUUUUGAUCUUUGUGAACACUA